CAUCACUUCGGCGCAGGACUCAUCGAAAGUGAACUGAAAGAAAAAGCAUUUGAAGAGGAAGCUGACACAUCUAGAAACUGACUGUGAGGCUAUCUAGCUAGUGGGCUACACCAGCGUGAGCGCACAGUCUGACAAACGAUUAAAACAGGCGUUGUUAUAAAUAAGGUGCAGCGAUUGCAGUUAGCGUAGCGCUGUGAUAUUUAUAGGGACCGUUUCCGCAGGCAUAGGACAUAGGAAAAAAUGUUACAGUCUCUUACGAGCAACUCCUGCGUGCGACUGAUUCAAAGCAAUAAAUCGACAUGGUAUUUCUUAUUUCUGGUCCUGGGUUACGUGCUGUAUCUCAUCUUCGGCGCCGUGGUCUUUUCCUCGGUGGAGCUGCCUUACGAGGAUCUUCUGCGGCAAGAGCUCCGGACCAUCAAGCGCCAGUUUUUGCAGGAGAACAAAUGCCUUUCAGAAGAGAGGCUGGAGGAGUUUUUAGCUAAAGCGUUGGAGGCCAGUAACUACGGGGUGUCUGUUCUCAACAACGCUUCGGCGAACUGGAACUGGGACUUUACCUCGGCGUUGUUUUUCGCCAGCACUGUGCUCUCCACGACAGGUUAUGGCCACACUGCUCCUCUGUCAGACGGGGGCAAGGCCUUCUGCAUCGUGUACUCUGUGAUUGGGAUCCCCUUCACCCUCCUUUUCCUCACGGCGGUGGUGCAAAGGAUCAUGGUUUUCAGCACGCGCCGGCCAGUCAUGUACGUGCACACGCACUGGGGCCUGUCCAAGCCGCUGGUGGCCGCCGUCCACGCUUCCCUGCUGGCCGUCGUCACAGUGUCCGGCUUCUUCCUCAUCCCUGCCGCCAUCUUCUCUGCGCUGGAAGAUGACUGGAACUUCCUGGAGUCCUUCUACUUCUGCUUCAUCUCCCUCAGCACCAUUGGCCUGGGCGACUACGUCCCCGGGGAGGGCUACAACCAGAGGUUCCGUGAACUCUACAAAGUGGGCAUAACUAUCUACCUGCUCCUAGGUCUAAUUGCCGUGCUGGUGGUUUUGGAGACAUUUUGUGAGCUGCAGCAGCUGAAGCAGCUGAGGAAGAUGUUCUACCUGAAGAAGGAGAAACCGCAGGACCGGCUGACCAUCCUGGACCACGACCACCUGUCCUUCACCUCUGUGUCUGACCAGGCCAACUCGCUUCGGGAGGACAAGACGGAGCCCUUUGUAGACGUCCCGGUGCUCUCGUCCCCCGCAGGGGACGGUCAUAUAAUCAGAUAAGGGAUAGCAGGGGUGUGUGAAGCGAAAGAGGGUCAUGGGCAGCGCUAUGGUGGGGUAGGGAUGGGGUUCCAGAAAGUGUUUCCAGUCAGAUAUUUCAGUGUUCCAGCCAGUGUUCCUUGCUCUAGCUAGACCGGCUUUAUAUUGCCGUUAUUUAUAAACAAUAAGGGUCUAUCUCAUGUAAACAUCAACCAUUGCCAUUUUCUGGGGAAACACAUUUCCUGUGAAACAUACAGUAUUGUGUGUGCUACUAUGUGUGCAAAUUUCAUCAAUAUGAAUAGAGAUAUAAAAAUUAUGAAUAUAUAGACAUAGAAUAUUGCAUUCUAUAAUGGGUUUUAUGUACAAUUAGUGCACUGUAGUGUAGCUCUGUGCUGCUCUGUUUGUUCUAGCUUUAGCCUUUGGAUGGAUAAGAGCAGAGGUACGAAUUUGUCAAUCACUCAGAUGGACAGAAACAAACAUGACUGAAAACAGCCAGAUAGUUCUGAGCGGCAAGUACUUGACAUUUUAGCUUCAGGGAUUUUUUGAAGAAUAAUUUUGAAAAAUUAUGUCUACAAAGAAAGCGUGAAUUCACACUGAUUAUUUGUCUAAUCAGGCUCAUGAGUAUGAUAAGGGUUUUUCUUGUAUUUAUUAUUUUCUUAAUUUUUUUUUACCGGUGGUAUCGAUGGUUAAACAGAUGGUAAUUAGUAAUGUGUCAUCGAUAAGCUUGUGGCUUAUCCCUUAUGGCCUUUGAGGGAAGAGAGAACUGGAGCAGAGAGGUUUAUGUCAUUAUGCUGAGGGCAACGGGGCCUGCCCCUGGCAUGACCUUACGGGGCCUUUGCCAUGAGCAGAUCAUUGUGUAGCAGCAUUCCUGCUUCAACCAGCAGGUAUUUUAAAAAUACAGCAAAAACAGAAACAGAGAGAAACAUAGAAAGAAAGGGGUGGAAAAUACCGUGUGCGUAGUGUGAGUCCUCUUCUUUCUCUUUGGAAAAGAAGAGAGAACGGCUUAUAAACAUGUUCAUUUACAUUAAAUCAAUUCAGGGGACACUUUGUGUUCCCAGGAAUGGAUUCAGAGCAGGUGCUGUCCAAAUACACUGAAUUUCAUGUUAUUUGGGUGGGAUUGAUUCAUCCAUAUAAUAUAUAGGUUGGUUGACCUGUGCAGUACCUGUGUGAUACCUGAGUACAUUAGGCUCACAGUCCUUAUGAGUUGUAAAGACUCAUUCAAGGAGCUACAGACAUGAAAUACACUGCUGCAGAGUUUUGAUCUUCAUGGAUUUGGCUCUAAGGCAGUGUGGUGCAGUAGCAAACGGACAGAAUGGUUCUUCACCUCCUCUGAUCCGGCAAAAUCACAGCACUUACAGCACAAUAAAAAAAAUAUCCAUAAUAUUUGCAUAGUGGGGAUAAAAAUGAAGUCUUAUGUUUUGUGAAAAUGCUUUAUUCAAUUUUACUGUCAAAUCUCCGACAGAUUUCUCUUGUAUUUUACUUUGGAAUUGUGCAAUACAAGCUACAUUGAUGACUUGUUCAUGGUUUACAUGAGAGUAUUUCAGAAGAAUAAGCCAAACACUGGGACUACAGUUGGAUGCAAGAUGUGACAUGUGUAAGGCUUGUCCUGUAUAAACCUUUAGUCUGUUUAGCAGAUUAAUAAUGUAUAAUGAUGUAAAAUCACGUAAUGCCAGUGCAAUUACAUCACAGAUAACAGCAUCAUGUGACUUGUUUAUUAUCAGAAAUGCAGGGUGUGAUGCAUGAGUUCUCUGCCACUGCACAAUGGAGAGCAUCUGAUUCAACGUUGCUUAUUGUGCCUGUGCUUUUGUGAUUUCUUUGCGUCAUGCGUCUGUGCAAAAACACAAAAGAGAAACAAAGCCACUAUUUUUUUAUUUUCAUCAGAGUAAAUUAAUUAACGGUCGUGUUAAAUAGAGGCAUGCCAGGAAUAAACCAUGUUUCAGUCGUACGUAAGAAUGCAUUGCUAACGGUGUGUAAAGCUGAGACCAUUGUGCCUCCAAAACUCUUCAGACGGUGUCCCAGCACGGAGAGCCAGCCCCUGCUAGUGUCUCAGACUGUCCUGGGACAGCACCUCUUUGGGGUAGUAGCAGCAAUUCAAGUAUGGGAAGAUUUUAUAGUGAGCACCAAUGAUAUCAAGGAAACAUAGGGGUCUGUUUGUUGCCUCAUUUUAAUUGUGCCCUACUCAAAAUCACUAGAAAACAGACUUUUACUCUAGAUUUUAAAGCAUUGUUGUGCUAGUUUUACUAAUGUACUUUUAAUCGAUAAGGGUGAGGUGGCAUCUAUAUCUGUACAGAAUGAGUUCAGCACAAAGUGAGCUGUGUUUAUUAGUAUCUGUCAGUGUACAAAAGUCAUUGAAUGCAUUUUGAGUGUAAAUUGUGUCUUUAAAAUAAACAUGUUUUAUUAAA